AUGAAAAAACUGACCAAUCAUGAUCGGCUGAUCGAGACUGGGCGUGAGAGGUUGCAGCAGAAACUGCAAGAGCGGCGGAUGGCAGCGAUGGCGGCCAAGACUGACCAGGAGAGGGACCGGGUGAAUGCGAUCCUCUCGAAGCAGGACGACGUCGAACAGGGAGUCGACAGGAGGAAAGCCGACAUGCAAAGGAAGCUAAUGGAUCGCAUUGAGCAGGAGAAACAGCAGCGAGCCGAUGGAAAACCGCUGAACACGUUCUACCCACCACCGCCACCCACUGUGCUUGAGGACAACUGA